UAUGUGUCUUGGCUGGGCGUCUACGGGUGGCAUUAAAUUUAGUGACGAUAAACUAAAAGACGCAACGAAAACAUUAAAAGAAGUGUUUAUUGACAUGGAAAAGUGUAUGAAUAAGUUUCACAACGAGAAGAAGUAUACUGACGAAGAAAGAGAAUAUGCUCGUCUAUGCGCCUUGCAUUCAACAUUGAAACAAAGCGAGAUACAGUACAAUUCAAAAAUGCAAUUACCCCUCUUCCUAUCUAAAGAAAAGCAUUAUCGAAAUUCCAUGACCAAAUUUAUCGAUUUCGGUAAAGGUCGUUCUUUUUCGCGAAAAAAUCAUACCUUCAGCGUACAAUUGAACGAUCUGUCUACUGUCCUCUGCGAUAAUUGUUUAAUUCCACUAUGGGGAAGGGAAUGCUAUUAUUGUUCCAAUUGUGAGAUGAGAGUUCACAGAUCCUGUUUUCAAGUAGUCGAUAAAUGCAAGAAGAAACCCUCGGCUAGUCGUAGGCCGAAUCAGAUACCUGAAGGUCCUGUGGAGAGUAGCACAUUAGUUUCUCCAACUUCGCUAAAGUCAUCCGAUUCGUUUUCGAAAAUGCCCCCUCCGAAUGAAGGGGAGAACGAUGCUCUGGAAACGUCAGGUAGAAAAGUUAGUCGAGCCGAAACACUUAUGACUCUACCAAGUCACGGAAAUCCUCCACGUUCACCUAGAGUUAAGCGACGUAGUCCUAUACCAUCACUAUUUCACGAUGAAGAUUCAGAUGAGGGAGAUCGUGAAGGUGAUGGUCCCUGCCAAAUUAAUGACAUCGUCACGGAUCAACCACGACCUACGUCCAAUCCGAUCAGUGGAUCAAAGCAUAGUGGGUCAACAGAGAAUAUACAAACGACCGCUAUGCCAUCUCAAGACGGUGGAUCGUCUGGUGAAGAUCCGCUAACGUUUAUUCCAGGCAUAGAUCAAUUCAUUCCAAAGAAACUCCUAAAAAAUUUGAAAUCGAAAGAACGCAAGCGGCAGGAACUCAUUAACGAAAUAAUCUGUUCGGAAAGUAACCACGUAAAACGAUUAACAAUUCUCAAAGAGGUUUACCAUGACCCAAUGAAAGAAUCUAGAAUCGUACCGAACGAUAUGAGAGAGACUCUUUUUCCUAAUCUCGAUAAGAUUAUCGUUAUGCACGAAAGUUUGGAAAAGGCCUUAAAGAAACGACGAGAGGAUGGACCAAUCGUCGAACGUAUCGGAGAUGUUUUCAUAGAGCACUUUUCUGGUGAAAACGGCGAUCGUUUAAAACAUGAAACUGCCUUAUUUACAAAAAGGCAACAAUCAGCUCAAGCUGACGUCGAAGAAAGACGAAAAAAGGAUCCGAGAUUUCAUACAUUUUUGGAUGAAAAAGCUAAGGAUCCGAGAUGUCAUAAGCAGAGCUUGUCUAGUCUCCUUGUGGCCGAGGCACUAAGAAUACCGAGGUAUUCCCUAUUAAUGGAAACUCUACUAAAGAAUACAUCAGACGCAAUUGGAGAUCAUAAUCUGCUAUUAGAAGCAAUUAGGCAUUCUAAAACCCUAGCCGAGUACGUGAACAACGCGAAAAAAGAUUUCGAGAACGAAUUGAAAUUUCAAGAAAUUGAAAGAAACUUAGACAAUCGUUUACCGAGCCAAGAUCCCCAUCAUAACAUUAGACUUUCUAAAGACUCCGGAUUGAAAUUACUUAUGCAUGGCUAUAUGAGUUUUAAGAAUAAUCGUAAAGCCAAUUGUUACGGAGUCCUUUUAGACCCGUAUUUUAUAUUAUUUGAUAAAAAAGAUGACAAAUAUUGUUUAAAUUACAUUAAAUCUAAUUCCUCAUAUGCUGUGGACACUAAACCAUCGCCUGUUAUUGAUUUGAGAGAGGCUCAAGUUAAAGAAAAUGCUGCCGAGAAUAAAGGCUUAAUAGUUUUUACUGACGGCAAAAAAGGUGCUGCUGUUUUAUACGAGUUACAAUUUAGUACUAAGACGGAAAGAAAUCAUUGGUUUUCUGCUCUUUUCAAUGUGAUUACAAAGUAUAAUCCGACUGAAAAACAGAAAUAUUUCGAUUUAAAACCACAGAUUGUCGAACAUGAUAAUUUAGUCGUAACCGAAACAAUUCCGCCAGUCUCACCUGGCCUGGAAAAUAAAUCUGACGAAGAAGAAGAGCAUGAAAAGGAAACUGAAACGUCAGUCUUAAUUGAUACUCCAACUGAAAAGGAAACAAUUAAAAUAGCUGGAGUAACUGUUGAUGAAACAGAAGAUGAUGCUGAAUCGAAUGUUUCGAUUGCAGAGGAGAAAACAAUAUCAAUUGUUUCGGAGUCUCGCAUUGAAAUCGAGAUGAUAAAAGCCGAAACAACAAGUAUUGAACCCGAAGAAGAUUCAAAUGAUAAAUAUGAGGAUGCUCGCGAAGAACAAGAGCUACCAAUUGAGAAAAAACGUUCGAUAACUAAACGAAGUCAACGUCCAAAAACGGACCCUAAUAGCAAAGACGCUGUCAAUGCAGUUUAUAGAUCUAAUCUUCUUACUCAACAGAGAGAAUUAGCAGAAUCCCUUCGGAUAGUGACAGCUAAGCUACGAGAAUGCACAACAAAUAAAGAAAAAACGCCGCCAAAAGAAAUAUCAAGAACUAAAAGCUUUUAA